AUGAACGAUAGUGGUCUUCCACAAGGAUACAUCACCCAUCUUGAACAUCGUCUUGCUGCAACAGAGGCUGCGCUGUUCACCGUGUAUGCCCAAUUACGGGCUGGGAAUCAUACACAACUGCCGAGGCAAAGCCCUACGUAUGAGACUGCCGCUGCUGUUUCCGUUGAUGUGGUAGCUUCGUCGAGGGGGAGUCGGGUGGAGAGUAUGGCAGAGUGGGAUGCGUUGCCGUUGAGGGGGCCGGGGGAGUUGGAAAGGUGGUGGGGGGUCAAGAGGGGAGUUUGGGGAAAUGAUAUUGAGAAUGAUGGCGGCGGUCCUAGUGGUUUCGAGAGGGAGGGAGGGGAUGGGAGAGACGUGUUGGCUGAGAAUGUAACGGGCGACGCGAAAACCGAUGCGAAUUUAGACCUAGAUAGUGGGAAGAUGAGUAGAGCGGAGAGGCUGGCGAGGUCGGAACCGAAGGUCUAUUUUUGA